AGUGCACACACCAACCAUUUACUCGCCACUGUUGUGUAUUUCUUUUUAAUAACAGACUUUACAGUUUCGAUUCCAUGUGGUUGUUUCCCAACAUUAUCUGUAAAGUUUAAAAGGGAAUAGGCGCGAUUAAAAUGUAUACAAACUGACAGGAAAUCCUUCAGAUGUCAGGGUUAUGUGCAGAGUGACUACACCCAACUCGAAGUGAGUCUACGCUUACAAUGCGACGGCAAUGGCAAGACGAUAUAUAGCACUGCCCAUGUUGAUUCCGUUUCUACAUCUGACCUCGUCCCUGACAGACAAAAAAGGAAGCAACCAGUUAACUGCGAGUAAAUAUCCAGACGCCCCAAUGGAAUCACAAGAUGUUUUUACCAUUCGCGUAGGCUCCCCUGACGUUGAGGGACUUUCGUCUCUGGACAGUACUAGCUGCAUGUGCAUACGUUGAGUUUUUUACCACCCCGUCAGCAGAUUGUUUUUGCCUUGACUCUCCCAGCUUGAACGGUGCAUCACGCGUGCAGCCAGCUAUUGGGAAUAUUUGGGCCGAGUAGUCAGUUAGGGGAUUGCGGUUCUUCGCUGUGUUGCCACUGCCUCGGGGCACCGCUGCCGAAUUUGGCGUUGGUAGGAAAUAACAAACGGAAGACGGUUAUAGUUGAGUGCCUUGCCCAAGCUUAAUUGCCACGCCUUCCCUUGCUGUACCGAGGCUCCAGAGGCAGGAGAGCAGGCAACAAGGUACGAGCUGCAGAUGCGAAGCCAGGGAUAGGAGUCCGGCCUUCUUUUACCAUGACACAAUCUUCAUCACUCCAUCAGCAUGCACCACAACACUGCAACAAAAAGGUUCUUGACAGGCAUAUCCCAUGCUGAGUAGUUUACGAGGCAUCAGACGUCACAUGUUCAGACGCAACUCUAAACUCCGGCGCUCGUAAUGUAAGCACUUAACUCGGGACCUUGGUGCCCUCGUGCCAAUCAAGCUACACCAACCUUUUUUUGCUCAUGGCAGCGUCUAACCUUCUCUAGACGAAGGUAUUCCGAUCAACAAGUAAAACAUCUACAAAAAUAUAUGUAUGUAUAAUUGACACCUGUUCAUAACUUAACUACGAGUACUUCCGCCAAUGUGGGACGUGUAUGUGUGGGAUUAUGCUGCACGUCUAUACAAAUGGUAGUUACAGAUGAUGACACCUCGGAAUUAAUGCACAGGAUUGGCUGAGUAGGGGAGAAGUUGGAUAACAAACUAUAAAGGACCGACUCCGGUAUUAGGAAGCAGGCCCAUUCAGACGGCGAUGCCCGCCCGUACCUUGCCGGUUCUGCUCUUGUUUGUACUCUACGUAAGCUGUGAACUGACCGCCGCUGGCGCGGCGCGAGGAGGCCGGGGACGGGGCAGGACCCGUGGCCGGCGGCCCAAGCGGCCCGAUGAGACGCGGUGGGAAGGAGAUGGUGGCGGUACUCUCAUCAACCAUGCGGCCAGCAACGACGUGCAGGAGGCAUUGGUCUUCAGCCGGGAUAUUUAUGAGGGAGAGGUGACGGAAGAUGCCCCGGUUGGGUCGCUUGUGCUCACCCUAUCGGCAUCGCAGACAGGAAAUGAGGGCAGCAACCAAGACAUCACAUAUCAGAUAAAAAAGAGGAAAAGUGAGAAAACCACACCACCAUUCAGUGUCGAUGCGCAGACCGGCGACAUACGAACGCUGAGGGCGCUCGACUUCGAGUUGCAAAAUGAGUACACCAUGCUCGGCUAUGCCGGUGUCCAGGGCAACAGCAAACUGAAGACCAAGACCAAGAUCACGAUCCGGGUGCUGAACGUGGACGAUGUGCCGUUGCGGUUCACGCAGGACAGAUACGAGGCUUACAUUGACGAGAACACUAUCGGGAAAGUGAACAACUCGGUGGAGCUAGCGCAGGGCGACUCGGAGGUUGUGUUUACGCUGAGGGAGUCCGUGCCUAUGUAUGGCAUCGAUAUGUUCAGGAUCCAUCCUGGAACAGGGGAGGUGUUCACCAUCACACCCUUGGAUCGGGAGGAGUUUGCUUGCUUCACCUUAGUGGUCGUCGCCAACACCAGGAAGCAGUCUGCGCAGACGCAACUCGACGUGCAUGUCAAUGACCUCAACGACAAUCCGCCCACCUUCCCCCACCAUGUCAUGACGUUCAGCAUCUACGAGAACGCCCGCUGCUGGUUGCCACUAAAUGCCACGGAUAAAGACAUAGGGGACAACGCCAUCGUCAAGUACGGGAUUGCUUGGGGAGGAUCCCGAUCCUUUAUGAUCGAGGAAGACACGGGAGUCAUACGGAACAUACGCAGGAUAGACUACGAGCGACAGAAGAUAUUCAGGCUUGUCGUCAACGCCUUCUCGGGUAAUCUGUUCGGGUAUACCAGGGUAGUGAUACGCGUGAUUGAUACCAAUGACAACCCGCCCAUAUUGAACGACUUUCAGGUGAUCUACAAUGCCCUGCCCGAGUCCCUGUCGGGAGCCGAGCUGACCCGUGUGCCUGCCCAGGACGUGGACCGGGCAGGCACGCUCAGAUACGGUAUAGUGCCCGGCCGAUCUCGCUGGAAUAACCUGGUCAAGGUGGACGAAGUGACUGGGAUCAUAAGUCUAUCCAAGAGGCAAGCCAAGAAGGUCCGCACCAAAGUCGUGACAGAUAUCACUUUUUAUGUCACAGAUGGCGUCCAUGGUGCACAAGCAAGUUGUCUACUUGAGCUUACCCCAGUGUCAAUCGAGAUGAUGGCCAACGGUGUCAGUGUCAAUAUCCUGAAUGUGACAGGCGACAAUUUCCUGCGGUCAUCCCGCCUGCACGCGCUUCGUGACGCCUUGGCCCAGAGUCUCAACUCGCACGCGAAUCAGCUGGUCAUAUUCAACCUGCAAGAGGUAGCGCGUGAUGGCUACCCGUUACUCAACGUCUCAUUCUCGGCUCGCGAUCUAGACAACAAGUUCUUAUCCCGGGAGUACAUCUUGAGCACCAUCUACUUCGAGAGGAAGCGGAUCGAGGCGAUGAGUGGCCUGCCCAUCCUACCUGCCGAGGAUGAUGUGUGUAUCUUGGAAUCCUGCAACGACCUACAAAGAUGUGUUCCUAAAAAGAUUCUGAGUCAAAUUUCGUCAGCAUUUGCUCAUUCUCGGGGUGAUCUGAUCACCUUCCGUGGUGUGCAUCCAGCCGUAGAGCAGACGUGUGAGUGUCCGGACAUCUACAGCUUCAACAACUGCUCCUCGGUCGUGGAUUUCUGCGAGUCCCAGCCGUGCAGCAACGGCGGCACAUGCGAAGGAACGGACGGCGGAUAUACUUGUAUCUGUCCGCGCCAUUUUGCCGGCGACAAUUGCCAGAUUGACUUCACCGGAGGGCGCUGUUUUGAGGGCGCCUGCAAACAUGGCGGCCAGUGCUUGGACCUGGCCGAGGGCGGCUUCACGUGUGACUGCAUGCCUGGCUACGAUGGGCAGCAGUGCGAGAUGACGUCACGGUACUUCCCCGCCGGCUCUUACAUGACCUUCCCGACCUUGCACCAACGUUCCAUGAUGAGGAUAUCGCUGAAUUUCUCGACAGAGAUAAGAAAUGGACUGCUCCUGUACGUGUCCCGCUACAGUCAGGUCAACGAUUUGCUGGCCAUCGAGAUCAUAGACACCCAGAUAGCCUUCUCGUUUGCAGUGGGCAAGAUGACCAUGCGUGUCAUGGCGGGCACCCCAGGGGGAGUCAGCGACCUGAAAUGGCACCUGGUGGAGCUGGUUUACCGCGACAAGAUGGUGGAAGUAAUGCUGGACAGCUGUGAUCGCAAUGAAGAAGGAGAGAUCCUUAGCAAUUUCCCCUGCGUGGCCUACGCUACUCAAGCUCUGGACGUUUCAACAUGGUUCUUGGACGUGAACACGCCCCUUUUAGUGGGCAGUAUUCCAGCCAAUCAGGAAGAGGAGCGUAUCCUGAACCGUGAUUUCAUUGGCUGCAUCAGGGACGUGCGCAUUGAUAACAAGGUGCUGGACUUCGCUGAUAGUCUGACCGAGUCUGGCACGGAGCCCGGGUGCCCGUAUUACUAACAGUUAGCGAGAUUGGGUACACGACUACGGAGAAAUCCCAAACGUAACAAUGAGUCUAAAAGUCGAUAAUCAAGGCCUGUUUGAUAUUGAUGUCAACUUUGGCCUACUUGAGCUCACGUUAGGCCUGCUACUUAUUAUGUUAUGAGUACCUAGACCUGAUAAUAAAAACGAGCAACCGUGAUUUCAAAAUGAUCCCAUGUAAAACUUUCUCUCCUCGUGAUGUUAGUAAAGGCCCGUGGCAUGGAUUUUACUUGGGAACAUGGAACUUUCUACUUCUUUUAUAUGUAUGAAAACUAUAUGACACCUAUAUUUGGUUUAAGUUGAUUGAAAUGUGUACUUUGUUAAACAUAACAAUUUGCCAUGCUUUUCUUGACUAAUGAGGGCGCUGUUGCUGUGAUGUCUUUUCAGGAAGACACUGUUGAGUUAAUGGGUUUUCUGUUCAAAUUGUGAACUCAAAUUUUGAUAACCGAACAUAUUUGCGAAAAAAACUGACUUACUGUCAUGUACUGAAACAACAACGAAUCGCCAAAGAAAAGCAAAUUUACAUCAGCAAUUAUCAAAAAUUCUGGCCAGCUUUGAUGCUGCUGGAAUAGCUGUAACACUACACUUUUGCUCGUAAUAAUACGGAAACUCGCAUUAUUGUAAUAACCAAAAAGUCACCAAAGUACCCUUAAAAAUGCCAAAAUGAAAAUUGAAAAUAAAGUUAUAGGGACACAAAGGUGCAUUGUCAAUGGCUGCGUUAAAAAAAUACGUUACAUUUAAACAUAUUCCCACUCCUUAUGAAUUUUCAAUUUGUAUGUAUUAUUUUAAUGAAAACUUUAAUGCAAAACCAUUUUUCUAUGUAAAUGGGUCUACAACCUCUGAAGGCUUUUACUUUGGGGUACUUUUGCACAUCUAAGGCACAAAAAGAUUGAUAAGUAAUAAUUCCAUAGGAAAACGCGGUGCACUUCCCGUUCGACAUGUCCUGUAAAAGUGAAUAACUUAAAAUAGCAAUUAAAACGAAAUUGAUAAGAUGUGACAAGACAUUGAUGUGAUAUAAACGAAAAGAUAUUGUUUUCCUGAGUGAUGCUCAGCAUAAGCAUUAACUACUCUCUGUAUAUAGGCCUAAGGUUUGAAUUCUCAAUAUAUACUUCAAGUAGGUCUGUGUGAUUUGUUUUGCUCAGAAUUCAUUGUUAAGCACCGAAAUCUAAUGGUAUUCUAUGUCGGAAUUUCAAGAAAUAUUUGCUGAUUAUUUUUACAGACCACCAACAUUUUGACGUGAGGUUUGUGUCCAAGUAAAGAAUUGAUAUUUUUUAUAAUACAAUAUGAAUACGUUAAAGAAUUCUAAAACUGUAAAUUAAAUAUUCAGUGACGUCACCUCUUCAAACAGCCCAUUGAAUUGAUGUUUUUUUUAGGUCUUUUGUAAUCAACUUUAUAUGAACGAUAAAUAAUUGCCAACGAUAGCUAGUUUAUAGUUAUCAAAGCAUGUUUAAAAGUUUGAUAAUAAUAUACAAAACAUUUGCUUUUCAAAUUCUUAACCUUUUUAGUCUGUAAAUAUCCAUACCUUUAUUGCCAUAUUGUAAUCAAUUUAAUUACUAUAAAAUGUGAAUAGCUAUUUUAAACACCUGUUUUUAACACCUUUUUUAUAGAUUUGCUCUAAAAAUUUAACGGCUUUAUUUUACUGCAGCUAAUGCGUGUACAAAGCUUAUAGCUGAAACAUCUUGUGAAAACGUUUGAAUGGAAUGAUUAAUAAAAAAAAAAAGCCCUGAAUUUUGCUGU